AUGUAUUACCCAACUAAAGAAGAAUUUAUUAAAGAUUUUGAUUUUUCAAACCCUGUUCGUUUAGGAUAAGGUGCAUUUGGGAAAGUUUAUAAAUUAUUAUCCAAAAGUGAUAAUUCACCUUUAGAAUAAGGAAAAUACUAUGCAGCAAAACAAAUUGAAGUUAUUAAUGAAUAGAUGUUUAACAAAAUUUAAAAUGAGUUUAAAAUAAAUCAGCUCAUUAACAUGCAUCCAAAUGUUAUUAAUGUUGUAAAAGUCUAUGCUUGGCAAGAACUAAUGCCAAAAAAAUUUAGUCUUCUUUUAGUCAUGGAAUUAGCAGAUCGUAGUUUAUAAAAAGAAAUUCAUACCAGAAAAUAAGAACGAUCAUAUUUUUCAGCAUUUCAAUUAUUAGAGUUAUUUAAGAAAUGUAUAUUUACAUUUUCUACUCUUGUGGAGUAAAAAUAAAUUUUUCACAGGUUACAUAGUUAAUUAUUGAAUUUUUAGAGAUAUAAAACCAGAAAAUAUUUUAUUGCUUGAAACUGAUAAUUUGAUUCCAAAAAUCACUGACUUUGGAGUAUCAAAGAGUUUACAUGAAUUGAAUAUUUAGGAAAGCUUAAAAAAUACUAUAGUAGGAACACCAGUUUACUUUUCUCCAAUUUUAUGGAAUUCAUUUGUUACAAGAUCUGAAUAACCGAGUUAAGUUGAAAAAAUAAAACAUGACUUAGAAAAAUCUGAUAUUUUUUCUCUUGGCUUAACCUUUCUAUAAUGUACAUUAUUAUUAACUACUGAGAUUGUUGGACUUAAUAUGGUAUUACAUAAAUUAUGAUUUAAGGUUGAACAAAAAAAUAAAAAAAAUAUGUUAUUAGAUAAGAUAGAAAAUGUCAGAAUAAGAAAUCUUAUAACAGACAUGAUAUAAUAUGAGGAAUGUGAUAGAAAAACUUAUAAACAAUUAAUUUAAUUAUAUUUUAAUUCUAAUUAAAAGGGAAUAUUUGAAGAAACUCCGUAUUUUUUAAUUUUAUAUUAGUUCUCCUUAGAAAAUUAAAUAAAUUAAUUAAAUUGUCUGUAUUAAACAUUCAAAUUGUAAAGCCUUGUAUUAUUGCUUUAAAUUAGCUAUUGCUGGGUAUCAAUAUUUAUUAAAAUUAGUUACUAUUGUGAAGGAUGUUAUUAAAAUGACGAUAUUCAACUUUUCUGUAUACCUUUACCUGAAAAAAAUCAAAAAUUAAAUUAAUCCCAAAAAGAAACAUUAGAAGAAUAUUUUGAAUCAACUAUUCAAAUUAUUUUUAUUAAAGCUAUUAAAGAUUAAAUCAAUUUUGCAAAGUAAACUAAUCAAUCCCAUACAGAAUUAGAAAAAAACAUAUAAUAGAUUUCUAAAUUUUUGAUUUUCAACUAAAAUUAAACUCAAAAUUAAGUUUCAAAAUUAAUAAAAACAAAACUAGAAUAAAUUAGAAUUCCUUAUAAAGUAUAUUUAAAUAAUGAAUAAUAUAAUGAAGCCCUUAGAUAUUUGGAAUUAAAUAAAGAGAAAUUAUAUGAAUUAACUAGUGAUUUGAUUUUAAGAUUAGAUAAAUUAACUUCAAAUGAGGAAGUGCAAAGAUAAAAGAAGAAGAUUUUUGAUUCAUCCACUUAGUAGAUUCUACCUAACAGUUUGUAAAGCAAAAAAGAAUUCUGA